AUGGCGACCACGUCGUCUAUGUUCAUGUACUCGCUUACGAUCCAGCCACCGACAGCCAUCACUCAAGCAAUCAUUGGGCAAUUUUCAGGCAUCAAGGAGCAGCAGAUUGUAACUGCAUCUGGCUCUAAACUUUCAAUUCACGAGCCGGAUUCCCAUCAAGGCAAAAUUCGCACACUCUACUCUCAAGAUGUGUUCGGUAUAAUAAGGUCACUGGCCGCAUUCAGGCUUGCAGGGAGCAGCAAAGACUAUAUUAUAAUCGGUUCUGACUCUGGUCGAAUUACCAUCAUCGAAUAUGUCCCUUCGCAAAACCGCUUCAACCGCAUCCACCUGGAAACAUUUGGAAAAUCCGGUAUCCGACGAGUUGUACCUGGCCAGUAUCUUGCCGUAGACCCAAAAGGGCGAGCGUGCUUGAUAGCAUCGGUGGAGAAAAAUAAAUUGGUGUAUGUUUUGAAUCGAAAUGCCCAAGCAGAGCUCACGAUUUCAUCUCCGCUUGAGGCUCACCGCCCUCAGACCUUGGUCUUUGCGAUGACAGCUCUUGACGUGGGGUACGAGAACCCUAUUUUUGCAGCUCUAGAAGUAGAAUACACGGAAUCCGACCUAGAUCCGACUGGCUCGGCGUAUGAGGAACUGGAGAAACUGCUUGUUUACUAUGAGCUUGACCUUGGUCUGAAUCAUGUUGUUCGAAAAUGGGCCGAGCCUGUUGACCGCACUUCAAGCAUUCUCUUUCAAGUACCAGGUGGGGCAGAUGGCCCUAGUGGUGUUCUUGUUUGUGCUGAAGGCAGUAUCACUUAUCGUCACUCGAAUCAAGACCCCUUCAGAGUACCGAUUCCUCGUCGCAUUGGGGCUACUGAAAAUCCAGACCGAAAACGAACGAUCGUGGCAGGUGUGGUUCACAAGAUGCGAAGAGCGUUCUUCUGCCUUUUACAAACUGAAGAUGGAGACCUAUUUAAAGUUACCAUGGACAUGGCCGAGGACGGUAAUGGGCAGCCCACUGGUGAAGUACAGCGCCUGAAGCUGAAAUACUUUGAUACUGUUCCAAUUGCGUCGAGUCUGUGUAUUCUGAAAAAUGGUUUCCUAUUUGUAGCCAGCGAAACCGGCAAUCAUCAUUUUUAUCAGUUUGAAAAACUAGGCGACGAUGAUGAUGAAACCGAGUUCACUAGCGACGAUUUCUCAGCGGAUCCAUCGGAGCCACUUUCCCCCAUUUUUUUCCAACCUCGACCCGCUGAAAAUUUGAACUUGGUCGAGAGCGUGAAUUCCAUGAACCCAUUGAUGAGUUGCAAGGUCACAAAUCUUACCGAGGAUGAUGCACCCCAGUUUUAUACCCUGUGCGGUACUGGAGCGCGAAGUACCUUCAGAACCUUGAAACAUGGCCUUGAGGUAUCGGAGAUUGUCGAAUCUGAACUUCCCAGUGUUCCGUCAGCUGUCUGGACUACUAAACUUACCCGAAAUGAUCAGUACGACGCAUACAUCAUAUUAUCCUUUUCCAACGGCACUUUGGUUUUGAGUAUUGGUGAAACAGUGGAAGAAGUCACCGAUACAGGCUUUCUCCCCUCUGCCCCUACCCUAGCCGUCCAACAGCUUGGUGAAGAUUCCCUGAUCCAGGUCCAUCCAAGAGGCAUACGGCAUAUACAUGCUGAUCGACGAGUAAAUGAAUGGCCUGCUCCACAACAUCGAUCUAUUGUUGCUGCAGCUACGAAUGAGCGCCAAGUUGCGGUAGCUCUUAGCUCUGGUGAAAUUGUUUACUUUGAAAUGGAUAGCGAUGGGUCUUUAGCAGAAUACGAUGAAAAGCGUGAAAUGUCUGGCACUGUUACAAGCCUGAGUCUAGGCGAAGUGCCGCCAGGCCGUGUCAGAAGUUCAUUCCUCGCUGUUGGAUGUGAUGAUUCGACUGUCCGCAUCCUAAGUCUGGAUCCAGAAUCCACCCUUGAAAAUAAAUCUGUUCAGGCUCUUACCUCCGCUCCAUCCGCCCUUUCGAUAAUGCCAAUGAUUGAUUCUACCUCGGGCGGUUCCACCCUCUAUCUCCACAUUGGGCUCUAUUCUGGCAUUUACCUUCGUACCGUUCUAGAUGAAGUGACCGGCGAACUAUCGGAUACCCGCACAAGGUUUCUCGGUCUUAAACCAGUCAAACUCUUCAAUGUAUCCGUAAAGGAGCAGAAAUCAGUAUUAGCAUUAAGUUCACGUCCGUGGCUAGGGUACUCCGAUAUCCAGACAAGGAAUUUCAUGCUUACGCCAUUGGACUAUGUUCCUCUUGAAUGGAGUUGGAAUUUCAGUAGUGAGCAGUGUGUGGAAGGUAUGGUUGGAAUCCAGGGCCAAAACUUAAGGAUCUUCUCGAUUGAAAAGCUUGACAAUAAUCUUCUUCAAGAGUCUAUAUCACUUGCCUACACGCCACGGCAUUUUGUUCGCCACCCGGAACACGCCCUUUUUUAUGUCAUAGAGGCUGACAACAAUAUACUUGCGCCUACUACAAAAGCGAAACUGAUUCAGGAUUCAAAAGCAGUUAAUGGAGAAUCUGCAGAGCUACCCCCAGAAGACUUUGGGUACGCUCGUGGAACAGGUCACUGGGCAUCAUGCAUCCAGGUUGUAGAUCCAAUCAACAGAAAAGGAGUACUUUCUCGUAUUGAACUGGAAGAGAACGAAGCAGCCAUCAGCGUUGCUGCAGUACCAUUUUCCAGCCAAGACGAUGAAACGUUUCUGGUUGUUGGAACAGGCCAAAACAUGAUUGCUAACCCCCCUUCUUCGUCAGGAGGUUACAUUCAUAUCUAUAGAUUUCAAGAAGAAGGGAAAGAACUUGAGUUUAUUCAUAAAACGAAAGUUGAAUCUCCACCUCAAGCUCUUUUGCCUUUUCAAGGACGUCUCAUUGCUGGUAUCGGCACAGACUUACGAAUCUAUGAUCUCGGCAUGAAGCAACUACUUCGCAAAUGCCAAGCCGAGGUCACACCACGUAUGAUUGUUGGCCUUCAGACCCAGGGUAGCCGUAUCGUUGUCAGCGACGUUCAAGAGAGUGUUACUUACGUGGUAUAUAAGUUUCAGGAGAACCGACUUAUUCCUUUCGCUGAUGAUAUGAUUCCUCGUUGGACUACAUGUACGGCAAUGGUUGAUUAUGAAACUGUUGCUGGCGGUGAUAAAUUUGGAAAUCUUUGGCUAUUAAGAUGUCCCCAAAAAGCGUCAGAAGAGGCCGAUGAAGAUGGUUCAGGCGCACACCUUAUCCAUGAAAGGCAGUAUCUCCAGGGUGCACCGAACAGACUCGGUUUGGUGGUUCACUAUUACCCUCAAGAUAUCCCUACAAGCCUUCAAAAAACACAGCUAGUCGCUGGGGGAAGAGAUAUCGUUGUCUGGACUGGGCUACAGGGAACCAUUGGAUUGCUUAUACCCUUUGUCAGCCGUGAAGAUGUUGAUUUCUUCCAAAGCCUAGAAAUGCAGCUAACCUCACAAAACCCCCCUUUAGCCGGCCGUGACCAUUUAAUUUACCGAAGUUACUACGCACCUGCGAAAGGAACUAUUGACGGAGACCUCUGCGAAACGUAUUUUACUUUACCAAAUGAUAAGAAGCUAAUGAUAGCCGGAGAGCUGGAUCGAUCUGUUCGUGAAAUUGAAAGGAAGAUUUCUGUAAGUCCUGAGUUUUCGUUUUGCUCUGACGCCUCCCUUGUUGCAGGGCUAAUUUAUGCAAUAGGACAUGCGUACAAAAGUGGCGUACUAAAAUCCUCAUGGGCAUAA